GUGGGGGUGAGGCAGUACAGAUGAAGCAUUUACCUGCCUAGGUAAGUCAGGAGGAGGUCAAAAGGAGGAGAAAACAGGAGGAGGCAGGGGAAGCAGUCUCUGUCUCUCUCUCUGCCCUUUGAAAUAAAAGGGUACUCUUUUCCUCUCUUCAGCCCCUCAACCCAUUGGAGGCCCAGCUUGGGACAUUCUUCGCUUCCCUUCGCUUCCCCUCUGGGAGCCCCUUUGCCAUCCCUGCACCUUGUUUCGGGCAAAUGCCUGAGACGGAGCUGUGGCCAGCGGGGCCUGGCUCAGAACCUGUGACCCGCAUCGGCAGCUGUGCCAGCAUGAUGAGCACCACCUCCACCCGCUCAGGAUCUAGUGACAGCAGCUACGACUUCCUAUCCGCUGCAGAGAAAGAGUGUCUGCUUUUCCUAGAGGAAACCAUUGGUGCAUUGGACACUGAGGCUGACAGUGGACUGUCCACGGACGAAUCUGAGCCAGCCACAACCCCCCAAGGAUCCCUAGCACUGCCCGUAACCCAGCCUACUCCCUUGGGAAUUCCAGAGGGGACAACCAUUCAUCAAGAACCAGAGCCAAGGAGAGUGACUCAGUCUUACUCAUCCCAUCCUCCUGAGCCCCAAGGUCUGGGCCUCAGGUCUGGCUCCUACAGCCUCCCACGAAAUAUCCACAUUGGCCAAAACCAGAACCUCAAGAAAAGUACCACCCAGGCUAAUAGCCACAUCCCUGGAGACUCUGAGAAGCUUGUAGCAGAGCCAGAGCAAGUCAACCAGGGAAGUACGCCCAGUCAGGCACCUGCCAACCCCCAGGAGGCUGCCCCAGAUUUGGACGUGGCCCUCAUCCCUCCCCCAGAGGCUUUCCGGGACACCCAGCCAGAGCAGUGUAGAGAAGACGGCUUACCCAAGGGAUCAAGACAGCAGAGCCACAUACUCCAGCCCCAUAUGCCAGCCAGCCCCCAGAAGACAGAGCAAAUUUCUUCAGAGUCCAUGUCCCAAAAAGCCAAGGAUAAAGAAUCAGAGGAGAAGGCAAGACAACCACAGCCUCAGCCUGCCAUGUUGUCUCAGAAUGCAAGAGCUGAGGAUACUCCCCUCCCAUCAGGGGAGGACCCAAAUGCCCGACUGGCUCCCAUCACGGCCUCUAAGCCCCGGAAGUUGCCACCUAAUAUUGUCCUGAAGAGCAGCCGAAGAAGUUUCCAUAGUGAUCCCCAGAACUGGCUGUCCCGCCACACUGAGACUGCCUCUGGAGAUGCUGGUGUGGUCUCCUCAUCAGUACAGGAGCAGAGGAAAGCACGUAGAGAAGCACUGGAGAAGCUGGGGUUACCCCAGGACCAAGAGGAGCCUGGUUUCCACUUAAGUAAACCCCGCAGCUCCAUCAGACUCAAGGAGCCUCGUGAUCAGUACCCUUCCCCGGCCCCUGCCCCAGCUCCAGCGCAGCCUGCAGGUGCAGCUCAGAUCUCAGCAGCGGUGCCUGCUGCAGGGAAGCCUCCAGGUCCGGUGUGGGGACCUUCACCAAUGCAGCCUCCUGCUCCGGCUCUAGCUCAGGGGUCUUCUCCAAGCAAAGUUUUGAUUCCUGCCCAGGAAACCCCUCGUGGGAAUGUUGCAUCUGCCAAAUCCAUGCCAAUUUCCAUCCCCAAGGCAUCAAGGGCAAGUAGUCCUCUGACCCAGCUAGACUCAGGGCUGACUCUCCAGAAGAGCAGCAUCCCUGGUCUGAGACAGAUGAACUUCAAGUCCAACACUCUGGAGCGUUCAGGUGUGGGGCUGAGCAGCUACCUCUCAGCUGAGAAAGACACCAGCCCCAAAACCAGCACUUCUCUGGAAAAGACCUCGUUCUUGGACAAAGUCUCACCCAGCGUUCUACGUAACUCCAGGCCCCGGCCUGCAUCCCUGGGCACGGGGAAAGACUUUGUAGGUAUCCAAGUGGGCAAGUUGGCUGACCUUGAGCAAGAGCGGAGCUCUAAGCGCCUGUCAUACCAAGGACAGAGCCGUGACAAGCUUCCUCGACCCCUUUGUGUCAGUGUCAAGAUUUCGCCAAAGGGCAUCCCUGGUGAACAUAGAAGGGAGGCCCUGAAGAAGCUGGGACUGCUGAAGGAGUAGACUCUGGCCAUCUCCAUUGCCAACACUGACCCAUUCCCAUGGCACCAGGACAGAGGAGGGCUCCACUUAGGAGCUUUGAGCACCUCACGACCUGGGGCUCGGGCAAGGAUAGGCUUCUCUCAGGCACUCUGAGGUGAAAGGGAGAGAGAGAUUUGAGUCCAAGCAUACGUUUAUAUUCAUAGUGUUAUGCCAUUGAGAGCCAGGACAGAUCUCCCUGAAGGUGAUUUCCACAAGUGUGUGUGUGUGUAUGUGUGCAUGUGCGUUAUGUGUAUAUCACUGAAGCUAUUUAUGGAACACAGACUCAUUGCUCAGAGUUUUCCCUUGCCAGUGAUUUUCCUACAGCAAUGAGUAGACUUCACCCUCACUAGAACUGAACAGAGAAGGGUGGCCAAGCCUGGGAAGAAAAGCCAAAUGAGACAAUGAAAGUGCCAGUGACUUGAAAAAAGUUACGUUUCGCAAAUGCAAGGUCAUGUAAAGUGUGGGCCUCCCAGAGUCCCCACAGUGGAUAGAGACUGGUUCGCAUAUUGCUUUCCCAGCAACUGAUUCCUUUCUCAGUUCGAGCCUUCUAGAUAAAGCUUGGGGCCAAGAGGAGUUGGUUUGUUAUCUCUUCACCCAUUGCCUUCUUGUUAUCACCAGUCUCAACAUAUGACACAUCACUGUCACUAAACAUCUCGGUUGACUGAUAACAGAACAGCUCUUGCUGGUCUAAAGAGGCAGGAUAAGUGACCAGAUACUUGUGCCUCUACCUCUACCAGGGAGAGUAUUUGUCUGUGGACUUGAUAAAUUCAAUAACAAACUGUGCUAUCAUCCCUGAUGCUGAUAUCCUAUUCUUCCUGCUCUCCUGUCUCAGUCUGUACCUGGCUUACCCCAGGGCUGGGCUGACACUGGAUGGGGGCCUCAGUCCAGAGGUUUCAUAGAUACCAAAGAACUGUUUCAGACCAUCUAUGCCAUGCAUGGGAGUUUAAAUUUCCUCAAUUCCAGUGGUGGAAAAUCAACACAAUUUCAUGGAAAUUCAGCUGGGAGGGACCUCAGAAGAGCCCUGACUCAGCCAAGGCCACUUCACCUUUUAGUGACAGAGCUGAGACCAGAACCCUGGAGCUCGUGAUUCCUGCUGCCUCCCCUCAGCGAAUGCUCUUGGACAUCCACACAGCACCAAGGAACCAUAGUCACUGUCAAAGACCCACCCUUAGGGCUUUUUAGGAUGCUCAAGUAUCUUCUGAAGCAUCAGAAAUUAAAUAUUGCUCAGGAUGAGCAAGGCUCGUGAUUCCUGCUGCCUCCCCUCAGCCAGUGCUCUUGGACAUCCACACAGCACCAAGGAACCAUAGUCACUGUCAGAGACCCACCCCUAGAGCUUUUUAGGAUGCUCAAGUAUCUUCUGAAGCAUCAGAAAUUAAAUAUUGCUCAGGAUGACAA